UCAGCGACAACAACAGAUGCAAUUACCUCUAGCUUGCCUACCAGAGUAUUCAGCAGUGCCUUGUCCUCCACCUCUACCAGCAAGGUGCCCAAAGACACGACUUCAAGCGCUGUUCAUGUGUCAACCUAUGUCGCGACUGGUGUCUUCGUCUCUACCCUAGCUAGUGUCACAGCAAGUAAAUCGACUUCAGCCUCUACCAGCGUAUCAACCACUGUGUCUACAAGUGUCUACAACAUUUCCUCUGCUAACUUUCCAAUCAGUGUUUCUGGAACUGCCUCGUUCUUAACCCAGGCAAUUGCGUUAUCCAGUAAGUCGACCUCUACCGCUGCUAACUUGUUAAGCAAAGUGUUGCAAACCGUCUCGCCCUAUAAAUAACUUCGGUCACAAAAUUUAUUUAUUUGUUUGCCGUCAACUUUUACGCAUGGUUUUAUAUGUUACCCAGAUUCAUGUAAUGAAUCUGAAAAUCUUAGUAAGUUCGUCUGAUAAGACGGCAAAAUGAAGCAACUUGGAGCGUGAAGUACACCAGAUACAGGUUAAGGUUAGCUUUUUUAAAGAAUGAUUCUACAUAUCAAGGCUACCAGUGCUAGCGUUGUAAACGAAAACCUAAAGUCAGAUGUUGGUGGUGACUGAUCUGUGGGAUGGCGUUAUUUUAUGUUGUCUGAAACACGAUUUUCAAAUGAUUUAUGAGAAGCUCGAAGUGAUUUCCCCCAAAUAAUUUUGACAUAACAUAAAAGUGUGAUGCUCUUAGUGUUUUCCCUUUCAAUCUUAAAAAAUUCUGAUCAAAGACACAUGAUGAAAAUCGUCGCUUUUUUCAACUACCUCUCGAGAUAAACAGGUAGCCGUACGCUUUAGCUUUUUUAUAAUUACUCAAACUGUUGUGAUAUACUGAAAAUAUUACAUAUUUUGGUCAACGACAAGUUAUACUUGAAAUGUUAGCAAGAUGCUCUUUUUCUAGCGCGGUUGUUUUGAAACGCGAGUCAAGCGAAUCAUAGUAAAUUUCAACCCUGUUUUUGCCUUGCAAAAUCGACGGCGGGCCGUGAAACGGUUUUCCGAAACGAACGGAUCUUUCGAAGAAAAAACUACACAGCGUUUAUACACUUACUUAAGUCUACCAGUAUGCAAAAGAACAGCGAUUUUGAUUUUUUGAGCUUUGCCGCAGUUUGAUUGAUAUUUGCAUGGAGUUGCUCUUAACCAGUGUGUCGGCAGGUGUCUUCGCCUCCAGACCGACUAGUGUUACGCAGAAAAACUCGAACUCUCCCUCUCCUGACUUGUCAGUAAGUGUGACACCAAAAGUCCCGGUAUUAACACCCACCAGUUUGACGAACAGCAACUCAAACUCUACCUCUGUCAACUUGUCAACCAGUGGGUCGCCAAGUGACUCGACUUCUGCAAUUAUCUUCAGCACUUCAUCGAUCAUUUUACUGCCCAGUAAACUGACCUCUACAUCAGUUAACCUGACAACCAGAGCGUCACUAAGUGUCUCGGCCUCUAUCCCGCCCAGUGUCCUGCCCAAUAACUCCGUCUUUCCUCUACUACGUUGUCAAACAGUGGGGGGUCCUUAAGUUUUCUGCCCCUCACUCCAACUAGAGUGAGCUCCAGUAACUCCACCUCUACCACAGCUAACUUGUCAUCCAUGUUAUCGCCUAGUGUUUCGGCCGCCACAUCGAUUAGUUGGACGCCCAGUAACAAGACCUCACCUGCUUAUAUGUCAAACACCGAGUCCUCGAAUGUCUCGGUAGUUAUACCUUCUGGUUUCAUACCCAGCAACCCGACAUCUCCCUCUACUAAUUUGCUAACCAGUGCGCUGGGCUACCAAGUGUCUUUUUAACGACGCCGACCAGUCUGACGAACAGCAACUCAAACUCUACCUCUGUAAACUUGUCAAUCAGUGCGUCGCCAUGUGACUCGACUUCUACAGUUAUUUUGGGCACUUCAUCGAUCAGUGUACUGCCCAGUAACCCGACCUCUACAUCAAUUAACUUGACUACCAGGGCCUCACCAAGUGUCUCGGCCUAUAUCCCGCCCAUUUUCCUGCCCAAUAACUCUACCUCUUCCUCUUUGGCUACCAACGGUCUCGGCAACGACGCUGACCCGUCUGACGAACAGCAACUUAAACUAUCCCUUUGCAAACUUGUCAACAAAAGCUUAAGCAAGUGUCUCCGCCUCCGCAUUGUCCAAAUUGACGCAAAGUAACUUGACCUGUACCUCGACUUUAUUAUCAACCAGUGUGUCGCUAAAUGUUUGGACCGCGUUUGACUCCCGGUUAUUCGACCAGAGUUUCAAACUUUACCCAACCUGUGUGACGCGCAGUCUGUCAAACACAACCUCUAACUUGUCAAACAGUGCUUGUUCAAGUGUCUUUCCUCAGUGUAAUGUCCAAUACCUCCACCUCCACCUCUACUGACUUGUCAACCAAUGCGUCACCAAGUGUAUCUUCGUUUAAAUCCACUAGAGUGACUACCAGUAACUCCACUGCUCCUUUUGCUACCAUGCUUUGGCAAGUGUCUUGGCCUUUACGCCGACUAAUUAGACCCUGAGAAGCCCAAACUUUAGUUCAGCUGAUUUUUUAACCAGUGGGUCACUGAGGUUCUCAACUUCAACUCCGACAAGUUUCACGACAGGUUUGGCGAACGACAACUCGACCCUCUAAAUAUGCUAACUUUUCAACCAGUGCUUUGCAAAAUGUCUCUGCCUUUACUCUGGCCAUUGUGACACCUAGUAACUCGACCUACACCUCAGCUUACUUGUCACUCAGUGCGUCAUCAAGUGUCUGGCAUCUGCCCUGCAGCCUUUGACAAGCACCACCUCUACCUCUAUAUCCGCAAUCUAUUCCACCACUGGUUUUCGAGGAACCUCGUCCCGAUUAGUGAGACACCCAAAAACUCAACCUUUGUCGCAGCAACGCCCCCCAGUGUUUUGUUUAGUGUAUUGGUCUUAGUGUCACGCAAAGUAAUUUGACUUUUUUUUGUCUGCUAGCUUGUCAAACAUUGCUUCACGAAAUAUCUCGGCAUCAAGCGCUACCAAUGUCUUGAUCUUUAUAUCAACCAGAUUGACGCCUUGGAGUAACGUAAAAUCGUCUUUUAAGGUUUCUUAAAAAUCAUAACAUUCUCUCUGUCAAUCAGUAUGGUUUUCGCAAGCAUCACUCCACUGCUUAUGCUCUAGCUUGUUUAUAUGAUAUUUCAAAAUUAGAGCAUCAUGGUGUUCUAGGCACUGCACUUAGAUGGUUCAAAAGCUAUCUAAGCAAUGGACAACAAUAUGUGGAAUUUAAUGGUAUCAGUUCAGAGAAUUGCGAAAUAAAGUGCGGGGUGUCUCAGGGCUCUAUACUAGGCCCCUGCUCUUUCUGCUCGGUAUACAUGAUCUGUGCAAUGUGUCAAAGGUCGUAGGCUUUAUUACUUCGGCGGAGCGCGAAGUAAAGGAUCUCGCGACGCUCAGGAAUGUAUCAAAGUUUACAUUUUUGGGACAAGAUUGGGCACGCUGAGUCCGUAGGCUUUCGGUUUUAUUCGGCUAUUUCACGAAGUGAGAGCCGAAUUAGUUCGAGCUAUCUCGAGAUCACUUCGUUUUCUUUGAUAUAUUCUUUAACUUAUUCGAGGAAGAGAGAAUUAGUAUUCUGGCUUUCCCGGGGUUUGAACCCACUCACCUGUGUGCCGAUUGCGCUACUGCGACCCAACAUAGUUCGGGAUUUGAAAAAUAGCUAUGAAAUUAUGCACUAGUUGGGCGCCCAAGUUCGUGACUUUUCGGCUUGUUUCGGCUAUUUCACCAAAUGAGACCAGACGGCUUCGUGAUAUCUUGAGAUCACUUCGAGUUAUUCGAGGAAUAAAUAGAGGAUAUUACAUUGCUGCGCAGAGACACAAAAUUUCUCUUCGAGUGUUGAAAAACAUUUCACGAGUGAGUGCUCCUUUCGAACUAUUUUAUGAUGAAUUUAAGGUUACAAUAUGCUGCAAAAAGACGUUUUGUCUUUGUUGAGUUGGAAAAUUGUUACGUUGGAAAAUUGCUUUCAUGCGUUGUGUGACUUUCUCGAACGUUCUUUACGUUUUUGGAUUAUUCAAGAUGGAAAAUGAAAAAUUUUGACCCCCCCUCAAAUUUUGCAUGCAAUUAGAUAUUGCUGGGGGAUGUCUACAGAAGUCAUACACAAGUCCUUAGCAAGCCAAGCCACAUUUCGUAAACACGCACGCUUCCACUUUGCAUUUAUGGCGUAUUUCUUCAUUAGAUGUCAUCAGUCGCUCCAGAGAGAGUUAAACCUCAUUAGUUUUUGGUCAUUAAGCCAAGCAUUGGAAUUAUCUACGUAUUAAAAUCUAAAAUCUCAAGUCCAGAAGCUUAGAAAGCUGAACUAGUAGUCACUCGUGGACAUCCCCGUGAACAUGCAACCUCCCCUGGUCAGCGGUGUUAAUCGAUGCAACAUAAACAAUUUCCGGGAAUUUCCGGUCAUUUCUGGUAACAUUCUUUUUCCUCACUUCCCGGAGAUAACAGGGAAAAAGGAUCGCCUGAUCGAAGGUUACAUCUGCCUUGCUUAGAGGGUCAAACGAAAUUAUUCUUUCUCAGUGAAUGUAAUCGUGAUUUUUCUACCUAUCCGCAAACUUACGGGCUCAGCAAAUUUCGGAAAGGUAUUUAAUACCGAUGGAGUUAACUUCCUACCGUCUGCCAUGCAGUUAAGUUCAUGUUAUUUUCUUGACUCUUCUGUUAAGUACUAGGGAGAAUAGCAUCAAGUGUCUCCUAUGGCGGCUCACCAUAGGAUUUGAAGCAUGUUGUACAAACACAAAUUCGUAACUUGUACUUUGAAAUACAGUAAUUAGAAAAUCUGGAACACCGCAAUGUUGGGAACAUGGACUUGACUUAUUUAAACAUGGGAGAACGCUUAAAAAAAAAAAAAAAAAAAAAAAAAGAAUUCGGGUGUCGGAUACGUACAUACAUACAUGCAUACUAGUUUAUUGUGGAAUUACAUUUAGCCAAAGGCAAGACACGUCACUUUUUCCUGGCCCUUGAAUAUUAUGAUUACAUGAGGAGCAUAUUGUUUUGUAAGAGCUUCCGUACCUUCUUUUGGAGUUUUCGAUUUUACACUUGUCCACGCAAAUAGCUGCAGAAUUCGUUGUCUCCCGACACGACUGACUGUCCCUGGGUUCUGGUUAAAAAAAAAAAAAACUUUAAGCCUAUACCUGUACUUCAAGUCUCUAGCUUUUGAUAUUCGGUAUUAGGUGAAUGAAUUUAAUUAUUACAACUGACGUUAAAUUAUCAAUAUGAGUAAACAUUGUGCUGAAAUUAUAUUGCGCUUAUACAUUCUGUUGCCUUUUUAUUCGUCUUAUUAUUCUACAAUAGUUAUAUUUCGCCUGCGUAGGAAUUUAUGCAAGCGUGAUCCAAUAGAAACUCCGUGCAGGCUAAGCUACAUAUCCUAACUUGAGAGAAAGUCUUGGGGUCAGCAUUCAAAUGAAAAGCGGGGAAAAGGUGGGAAUGUACCUGCUAUAAAGUGGCCAAACUACAUGUACUUGCAAGAAGACAAGCCGUCUAAGUAAAGUGUCAUUUCGCAAAAGGCUUUGUGAACUACUUACAACCCAAGUAAGGACUCAAAAGGAAUAGCGAUCUACUGGCAGAUGGAGCCUCUAACGAAGAGUGCAGUCGAAAUUAAUGUUGCUAGCAAUACACAAGCUGAGAAAUUACAGGUUCUCAAAUAACUUCUAGUCUAAGUUCCCUAAAUUUCGUUGUUCCAAAUUUUUGUUUUUCCCCUUAGUACUUUACAAAAGAGUGAAGAAAAUAAAAUGAACUUUAGGAAGUCAAUUAACUUCUUCAUCGGUAAUACCUUUCCAAAAUUUGCUGAGCCCGUAAUUUUGCAGAUAGGUAGAAACAUCACGAUUACUUUCACUAAGAAAGCAUAAUUUCGUUUCACCCUCUGAGCAAGGUAGGGAUGUAAACUUCGAUCAGGCGGUCCUUUUUCCCAUUAUCUUCGGGAGUGGAAGGGAAAAGGAUUUUAUUUCUACCGGAAAUUGUUUGUUUACGCUGACCAGGAGAGGUUGCAUGUUCACGGGGAUGUCAACGAGUGUCUAGUUCAGCUUUCUAAGCUUUUGGACUCGAAGUUUCGUAUUUUAUUAAAUAGGUAUGUAAUUCCGAUUUUUGGCUUAAUGAUUAAAACCUAAUGAGGUUUAACACUCUCUGGAGCGACUGAUGGAAUCUAAGGAAAAAAUACGCCGUAAAUGCAAAGUGGAAGCGUGCGUGUGUACAAGAUGUGGCUUGGCUUGCUAAGGACUUGUGUAUGACUUCUGUAUCGGCUUCUGUAUCACUUUAUAACUUGUUGUAAGUGACUGAGUAGACUAACAAUGCUUUACAAUGGGAAACAGCACAACCGGGCACAUGGUAAUGGUUCGAGAAACCGAGUGUUCGUUGAAUAUAAAUGCUACGCUACAAGCGGUGCAUUCUUAGACAUCCCCCACAAUAUGUAAUUGCAUGCAAAAUUUGAGGGGGGUUAAAAUUUUUCAUAUCCCAUUUUGCUUGAUUCUUACAGAGAAUUGCUCUUAAUCUCCCUUGUGUUAAUCCGACAUCCCUGCCUACUGAAUAAUUAUCUUCUCAACAUUCGAACUCGUAACACUGAGUUUUAGCCAAUUCCAUAAUUGACUCCUUACCCAUGCCUUACAUAUCUUUAAUCAGUACAUGAGACUGCUUUGCUGUCUAAGGAGGCAAACCCUUGAUAUUUCUAUUCAAAUUGACGGCAAUGUUAUUGAACGUGUGAAGGAAACAACACUUUUAGGUGUUAUCCUCAAUGAGCAUUUGUCAUGGAAGCCUCACAUUCUUAGCGAUUCUAGAAAAAUAUCAAAAUCAAUAGGCAUUAAUUAAGCGUCAAGUUUUUGCCUUCCAAAAACUUCCUUACGCUCUUUGUACUAUAGUCUAGUUUACCCUUACUUAAUUUAUUGUGUGUCAGUGUGGAGAUCCACAUAUCAAGGUAAUUUAAAGGUCAAAUGAACCAAAAAUUCGACAUUUUUUAUUUUAGUUCAAUUCUAGUGAAAUAUGUUUAAUGUGAGCCGAAUAAACAUACUAUGAAGUUUCAGCUCAAUUGAAGCAAGCAUCUCCGAGAUAUUCGCAAUUAAAAAUUGUUAUUUUUUUGCCCUUAUCUUCGUAGAGCGGUCGGAAAAAUUGUUGGUAAAAACAGCUUGUGACGUCAAUGUUGGUCGGGUGAAAAAAAGCGGGAAAUUCAAAACCGUUUUUUUCAAGUCGACCUGGCGCAGAAAUUGUGGUGGUUUGUGCGGCCAUAAACCUAGAAAGAACAAGCAAUUUGUCUUCAAAAGUUGCAAGCUGUGGUUAUAACUUUAUUAUUUAAUUUUCUCGAAGAAUACAUCAUAGUAAAACGGACUUUAACGACGGCAUUAAUUUUCUUGCGCUGUACUGGAAAUGUGCGUGCAUAGGUCCAAUUUGAUUCAAGAUGUAUUCUCAAAAUGUGGUCAUAUAAGAAAGUUUUUGGAUAUAUAAGGUCCGUAGCUCCACUGUGGACACAAAAACAAAAUAUCUUUGUAUAGUGAUUUGCCCAAAGAAAUUCACGCUUGCCCACAAUGUGUUUGAAGUCAUUGAACUUUGUCUCACUCGAGCUGAUAUUUUAAAAGCCACGCUCAAUCGGACGCUUGUGCUUCGCAGAACACUAAAAUAUAAACAAAAUCCUCAAUGUAGAAGUUUUGGCGUUGAUAUGUGGGCAGAAAAAGAGUUAAUCUUUAUCUAGUAAAAUCUUUCCCAAAUCGGUUUCAAAGCAACUACAGUUUUUUAAACUUGGCCGUUUCGGGCAGAUAAAGUUUGCUUUGUGUGUCAAGUUGAACAUGCAUAACACCUGUCAAAAACCAAGUAAGAGUUCCUUCAAACAAAGUUGAAGUUAUAUUAUUACAAAACUUCUCUCCAGUUAUGUAUAUGAUUUAAUUACCGACCGAGCUCGAGGUCACCUUAAAGACCAUAGACGCCACUUUAAGCUCGCAAAGAGAGGCGACAAGCAAAGAACAAUUCCAUCAUGCAUAAAAUUCAGCUUAAGUGAACUGAAAAAGCCUCAAUGAGGUUGCAAAACAACAAAUUUCCAUUAAAAAAAAAAUAAGGCUUAAGACUCUUAUACCCGCUGACAAUGAAGAAGAUCUUAAAGGCAAGAGAUCAGUUGCAAGCUUGGCACCCAAGCCAUGAUUCACCAUUUAGUUAUUUUUAAAAACUGGUCCAUGCGAGGGACUUCAUUCAAGCAAAUUAAACUCAGCAAACUGAAAACCAAAAAGUACAGAAAACUGCACGUAAGGCUUUGUUUUGCUCGCUUCAGUCAAAUCCAGCUCCAGCAAUUGUUUACGGGCAAAGAGUCAAUUGCUUUGAAGUCACUGGCGGCAGUUGUCGUUCUCAGCUACUUCACAGCGAGUGAAAAGGAAAAUUUGCGUACAGAAAGAAAACAAAACUACGAAAUUAAAAAUGAAAAAAGAAAAAAAAACUCUGACUAUUAUUACUUGAGCAACAGAAAAGUGAUCGAAGUAGCCUGUUCUUCUCGAAUAAGCUUGCGAGCCUUCUAUAGUUCUGAGGAAGUUUUAAGCGCUCAAGUUUGUUCACUCGCAAGCGUUAGCAUUACGGUUCUUUGACAAAAAGCCAAGGAUAAAGCUGGUUCUGCAAAGGUAAAUAAAUUUGGGCAUGUAAAAAAACUAACCGUAACUACCAGUGUAAAAUGGGGUUGACAGGCCUACACGACUCCCCAGCGCGUGUUUAAAAUAGACUUUCUAUAGUUUGGCUCUCACGAGUAUGUCUUUGAGCGACCGCCCUCUUUUAUAAGAUACGAGGGACGGUUUUUUGUAGAUUUCUCUCAGUAAUGGUUGUUGUUCUAUUAAAUGCCAGUUUUUCAUGAGAAUUUGCUUUAGGUUUGGGACUGAUGGUUAGCUGAUGGUUGGUAUUGUGUGACAAAAGGCAAGAUUCGUUGGUUUGUCUUUGGUUUCUGUUGAAGGGCUAGUUUCCUGUCUUUGAAGUUCACCUCUGAGAGGGUUGUGUUAAUAAGAUCCUCUGGGUAACCCCUCUGUAGCAGAUGCGCUUUGAAAUUUGUAAUUUUCUCUUCGAAUAUUAGUUUGGAAGGGUUUGUUCCGAGGAGUCGGAGGGCUUCCCCUUUAAUGAAGCCUUUUUUAACUCCUUGUGGGUGACAGGAAGCAAAAUGGGUAUACUGAAAUGUCUCAGUUGGUUUGAAAUGAGUACGCACAUCAAGGAUUGCGUCUCUUUCGAAUCUUUCGCCUUUGUAGAUGUAGGUGUCCAGGAAUGUUGUUUCCUUAUCGGAAAUUUCAGCCGUAAACUUGAUCGUAGGGUGAUGAUUGUUUGCUUGUUCAAUGAAAUGUUCUAUUCUGUCUCUGUUUGUAGUCCAGAGCGAGAAGAUGUCGUCUAUGUAACGUUUCCAAACGAGCGGUUUAAAAAGGCUUUGGCUAAGGAUUUCCGUCUCUACCUUGUUCAUGAAUAUAUUAGAAAAGGUGACUGCCAUUUUCGUGCCCAUGGCCGUACCAUGUGUUUGAAGGUAGUGUUUUCCAUUAAAGUGGAAAGAAUUUUCUUGGAGAAUUAGCCUGAGCGCUCGUUUUAGUAGUUGUUUAGGGAUAGGAGGUUCGUUUCUAUAGAAUAUUUCGUAUGCUCUGCAUACCGUGUCUAUUCCUUCCUCUUGCGGUAUAUUUGCAUACAAGCUCGUAACGUCCAUUGAAACAAGUAUGACGUCCACUGGGACUUUCGUAUUUUUUAUACUAAUAACAAAAUACAAGCGGGUUUCAAUUCAGCCCAGCGAAAGAAGGUGAAGCACUGGACGCAAAAUCAAUUCACAAAUCGAAUGCACAAUUGUCAGAAAAAUACAAACCUCGUUUGAAAUGUUCAAAACAUUUUAUUCCUCCUCAGACUGACGGAAUGAUCUGUUUUUACUCUAACAUUGGUUGUUCUGGAUCCAAAGUAAUUUUCAAGUGACGAAAAAACAACAACAACAUCAAAAACAAAAAAAAGCCUUUACAAGGAGCAAACGUUCGCACCUCGUAUAUUUGAUUCAGUCUCAGUCAGAACUCUCACAGAACGAGACAAACAAACGCAGGCGAUAAGGGAUGCGCAGAAGCUUGCGCAGAACGUUUUUCCGCCCUAAAAGACCAACAUUGACGUCACGUAGUCUCCAGUCUAUCGCGCGGCCAUUUCAGAAACGUUUUCGUGAAGUCUUCGGAAAUGCUCGGAUUUUGAUCUUUGAUCUUUCUAUAAAGGCUUGGGAUGAAAAGUCUUUACCCAAAUCUCACUUAGGAUGUUUCUUUUUAGUGUUUGGUGAAGGUAAAGCGACAAAAGAAAAUAUUUCAAUUUUUUGGUUCAUUUGACCUUUAAGUCGGAUUAUUAUUCUGCAAUAGAAGAUUAUCAGAAUAAUAUCUAAAGUUUCUUUUGAUUCUCAUACCGGUGCUCUAAAAAAUUCUCGGACAUUUAUUUAUACCAGAAAGGUAAAGUUAUGUAUCUUUUUAAAAGAGGUUUACUUCUUAAUUAUUUGCGUGAUAUGUUUACUCUUGGAAGCAAGAUCCAUUCCUAUAAUACAAGAAAUUCCAGCCCUUUUUAUAUACCUUAUUGUCGAGCUAAUUUUUCAAAAAUCCUCAAUUCGGUUUCAAGGUCCUAAGUUUUUCAACUCGCUAAGGCCCAGUUCAGACGCCGGACUUUUCAUGAGCCGAACCUAGUUCGAAUUAUGGCCGAGGCAAAUUAUUUAGACCUGAUAAAUUGAUUCAGGCGCCGAUCUUAAUUGCAGCUGAACACGUUGUAAUAAUUUAUGCAUAAUUAAGUUCGGCAUCUGAAGCAAGCCGUUCCAAAGGCGCUCCAAAUGCGAAAUUCCCGGCCGGACUAGGCGAAAAGAACGGCUGAGCCGUUCCAAAUUGAAACAGGUGUUCCUAAUUGAUUCAGAUGCCAAACUUUUCAUGUACUUAAUACAAUGUAUUAGGUUCGGCUCGUAAAAAGUUCAGCGUCUCAACCGAGCCUAAGUCGUAAAAUUCAAAACAGUACAAGUAUCAGUUUGUUUAGCAAAAGACUUUUAAAAAGUCCCUUCUUUCAUAGUCAAAUAUGCUCUUUGUUGACCUAUAUAACUUUUCUUUCACUUUGUUCCUUUUUCUUUUUUCCUUUUCUUUUCUUCACUUUUAAAAAAUUAAUCCAUUUUUCAUUCAGUACCCUUCACUCACAUGGUUUACCCUAUAGUUCCAGGAAGCCUAUAGUUUAUAAGCCCCCGGCUUCUAUAUAGGCUUCCUUCUCAUUACCACUUAAAACAUUUAAUUUUGUAAAUAAUUUUAGUUAAAAAAGUGUAUAUUGCCUUUAAUGUAUUAUAAAUUUCUUGUUAAUUGUUGUUGUAUUUAUAUGCGGUUAAUAAUGGCACAAAUAAAUGAAUGAAUGAAUGAAUGAAUGAAUGAACUCUACUUCGGCUAACCUGUCAUCAAGUACCUCGCCAAUUUGAAUCUUGUGUAGUUAUGUUUUCAGAUAUUUAUUUGUGGUCAAUCUUUACCAUGUCCUUCUCUCCUCAGACACUAAUGACUGUUAUCCAAACCCGUGUCUGAACAACGGAACAUGUACAGACGGAGUGAAUAACUACACCUGCACUUGCGUGCCUGGCUUUGUAGGGAAGAAUUGCUCAAAUAGUAAGUCUUUUAACAUCAAGUCUUAGUAUUGAGAUUUUCGGAUUCAGUCUGAAAAGUGAAUGGUAAUAUUAUUUCAAGUGAAUCGGCGCACGACCUCGCUCGUUCCUUUUGGAAAAGUCAUUUUGAAUAACUUACAGAUAUGAAGUUUCCUUACCUCUUUUAAAACUUAAAUACUUAAAUACGACCAUCCCUCUUGAUCUUACAAAGGAAAAGAGAAAACAAUACAUAAUUAUGCCUUGGUUAUUACUAAUUUGGGCAAGAUUACUUUUAAAAGAAUUUUCCUUCUGGGGUGCCCGUGUGGAAUAAAACUGAAUGCCUUCAAUUAAGGUGCAAUGUGAAUCUUGUAUAGUUAUCUUUUCCAUGUAGAUAUGGAUAUUUUAUUGUGGUCAAUCAUUACGAUGUCCUUCUCUCCUCAGACACUUAUAACUGUUAUCCAAACCCGUGUCUAACCCUUUAAGACCUGAAUUUAUUUUUCGCACAUUUUAAGAUCUAAGGCCGGUAUUGUUAAAUGCACUGCAUCUUCCUUGAAAUUUAAGGUAUCAACAUAAACUCUGGAUAUCUGGUAGACAAGACUUUGGGCUAUCUGCCAAGCCACUUUUUAUUCAUAAGUAACUAAUAAAUAAUAAUUAACAGGUUGUUAAAUAUUAAGUUCACGUCACGCAACAAGUUUUACUGCAGGAGUCUAAAUCUAAAGCAAAUUUACUGAGGAUUAUUUUCAUACCACAUUUGCCUACCUUUGAUACUAUCAAGGUUAUAUUCUGUCCACAAAAUACAGCAUGGUUGGGUGUUACACCUUCGUAGGCCCAACCUUAUUAAUUGAAAGUGAGAACUUCUGGAUCGCUUUCUAGGAGCUAAACAUAAACAUCCAAACAAAUGUUUUGUGGCCUUCCAGGAUGAGAAAAAUCUUAAUCCCUGUUGAAAUCAUCAACGUGUAUGUCCCGAAGACUGAGUUUUUCCUCUUCUUCUUCUCCCUGGUUUGAAAAAAUUUCAUUACUCCGUCCUUGCUAUCUUCUUCAAGGGGUAUACAAUAUUGCACUAAUAUAUUAGGGAGUCUAUAUGGAGACUGCCAUGAAUUACUUGCCCUUCUUCAAUAUCCGAAACAUGCCAUGAUCGGGUAUCUCAAAGUUUCCAUCCAAAAUAAUCCAAAAAAUCGUUCAAAUUAUACCGUGUCCUAUGCUCAGACAUGUUACAGAACUAAAAUUAAGCUUACUCUUGCUGUAACAAAUCGAAAAUGUCGCAGAAACUGGUUCAAAACAUCUCAUAAUGGCGAACAAAAUAAUCCACUAGACGUUGCAAAGAAGGGGGGGGGGGGGUCUGGAAACUAAGUUUGCCGAAACUGCUGGUCAAAUGACUGUGGGCCAUAUCAUAUCAUAUGUACAGUACCGCAAAUGAUCCCCAACCGCAAAUGAUCCCCGCGAGACCGCAAAUGAUCCCCAAAAUGGACCGCAAAUGAUGCUCGACCGCAAGUGAUCCCCAAAGUCGACCGCAAAUGAUCCCGAAAGAAAAACAGGAAUGACCUGGACUCAAGUUAGCGGAUCAUCGUGUCGAUUUUAUUAUUAUUACAACAAGUCAGGUUAAAAGCUAAAUUUUACUUCUCAAAUAAAUAUAUGAAUAAAAACUAAAUGAAAAAAAUCAUUCAAGAGUAAACACGAAGUAGGUAGGCAACACACGACUUUUACCUCGUGCUAAAAUGCUGCUUGUUCCAAUGACUUUUUUCCCGCUCUGGCGGGUAGAUUAUACCUCUGAGGAAAACGUUUUGACUGAGCAAAUGUGAUUUUUGCUGCUUAUUUCAUAGUGAGAGGUCAUGACACGCAUUUUCUGCGGUUAUUGUUGUUUUUGGUCGGCAUGAUUUGCCCUUUGAUGCAAGAGCAUUUCCUUUGACCCCUUUUGAAAUACAGUGCUCUUCAUUGCCGCUAAAUAAGAGUUUUAGGUUGUUUAAUUUUCUCCUAAGUGCUUCCUGGAUCCGAAUAAUCAUAAGCGAUUUUCUUUUAGUUCGUGAAUGUGACGGUUUCUUACGAUGUUUUGUCACGCGAUAACUACCGCUUACCUGGCUUUGCGUUUCUCAUUACCAGGUUUAGAUUUCUGGUAACUGUCUUCAGCAAAGCACAACAAAUGAAUAUACAUAAAAACGCUAAUAUAACUAUUCACAACACGUUCAUGAGAUGUAAGAAAGUUGCUAUUUCGAAAUGAACCGAAACCUGUGGACAUUGAUAAGUUCGGGGGCAUUUUGACUUGUGUUUAUGUUAAAUCAUGUCUUGUUUCGUAAUGGGCACCUAAGUUACGAACAAACGUCUUGCUGUUUAUCACAUAAAAUUAACACUUCAGAGAAAAAUCAAAAUGAAAUAUUCUGGCUGAUUAAUUUCACGCUUUCAAAAAGAUCAGUAAAGUCAAUAAAGCUCUUGUUAGGUAGAGGGUGCCCGGCUUUAUAUUCCUCAAUAGAAAGGUUGAGCUUCUAGGCGUUAAAAUAAUUUUUCUGCGUAACGUCCUGCCUGUCUUAAAUUUUUCAAAAGACGAAACAUUCUUGAAAGAAAAUUUAAGCAAUCGACAAAGGAAGAAGUAUACGGUUAAUACCAUACCUUUUCAGAUUUAUUCCAUUUUUUUUUUCGCCUCGUAUAAAUUGACCUGAGAUGUAGCGUCCUCCUUCCCUUUUUCUUUAAAAGGCGAGAGAAAAAGGUUUCUUUUUUAUAAUCAGUCCUUUUUUGUAAUCAGUCCCAUAAAAUCCAUUCCAUUCCUCAAGUUUUCACGGGAUCAUUUGCGGUCGACUUUAGGGAUCACUUGCGGUCGAGGAUCAUUUGCGGUCCAUUUUGGGGAUCAUUUGCGGUCUCGGGAUCAUUUGCGGUUGGGGAUCAUUUGCGGUACUGUACAGAUCGUACAAAUUUGUACGAUUCGGUCUUAAAGCUGCCUCGUCCCCAGUCGCUCGCGAUCACUGGGGGAUAUUUGAGUUAAUUAUUAAGGAAAGCGGGGAAUAAAACUGAAUGCCGUCAAUUAAUGUGCAAUGUGAAUCUUGUCUAGUUAUCUUUUCCAUGUAGGUUUAGAUAUUUUAUUGUGGUCAAUCAUUACGAUCUCCUUCUCUCCUUAGACACUGAUGACUGUUAUCCAAACCCGUGUCUAAACAACGGAACAUGUAUAGACGGGGUGAAUGACUACAAGUGCAGUUGCAUGCCUGGCUUUGAUGGGAAGAAUUGCUCAAAUAGUAAGCCGUUUAAAAUCAUUCUUUGCAUUAAGGUGGCUCCCUAGAGUAAAUUGGCCGUGCGCAGCCUGAGCACUAGUAUGGCGCGAGCUUUAAAAUCCGCGCGACGUCCACGCAAAAAUUAAAACAAACAUGACCUCUCAGUUUCGAAAUAUUUCCCCCAAAAAACUUUAUUAACUUUCUAUUGAAGCUCAUUGUGCAAAAAUUUUGAUUAGUGUAGGUCAAACAUUUAUGAGAGGAGACAAUGUUACACCGGUUACAAGUCACUAUCGAUCUCCAAAAGAGUAAAUUGUAUGUAAAAACAAAUUAAAAGCAGAAAUUUUCCAAAGACAUCUAUUCUUUCGCUUCAAAAGUAGACAAACGUUAAAUAGUCGCAGUAAAUGGACAAUGUUUUUGCACAACGAGAAUUAAUUUUUACUCACAGAUUGACCCUUGACGAAAGCAAUAGUUGUCCGUCGAGACCUACGGUCUUGUACAUGUAGCUGAGGACGUGAUGUACGAUUUAUAGAUCGGUGCCAUCUUUUAUAAUUUACAGCAGACUUUUAAAGAAAACCUUCGCCGUCGAAAUUUUCCCUAAAGAAGAAAAAGGUUGAAAAAGUAUCCGGAAGUGGGCUGACGUUUGAAGAUCUGUAAACAGUGUACAGCAGAUUAGGAAAUGAAGGGCUUAUUGCGAUCCUUGCACAACCACCGUCUUCAUCGUCGACGAUCGCAAUACUCACGAGUGACCACCACGGUUCGAAUUUUAGCUACAAUAGUUAAGUACUUCGAAGAAAACAUCCUGUGUUAAGUAUAAAAUUGAAUCCGCUCUCUCUCUUUUUUCAACUGGCGAGAUAUCACCGUAAUAAUACUAAUAAACGGCUUCAAAACAAUCGAUUUCGCACUCUUCAAAAAAACCACAUGUUUUCAGUAGCUUUGUGCAUUAUGCGCGUGCGGGCGUGAUGGUUGGCGCGCGUAUUUUGCUCAUACGACCCCGAACCACGCGUGUUUUUCGGAUUUUUGUGACGUCAACGUAGUUAACUAACCGUGAAUUUCUCGCGUUUCCUUCGGUAAAUCUUUUUAAAAAUCGCCUCAUUUCUUCACAGUUGCAGUACCUUUGUACUGUCCUAUUUUUGUUAAAAUCUGUAAGAGCUAAAUUCCUCCAUUAAGAAAAAUUACAAAUUUCAAGAUAUUGGCAAAACCGUCUUAACGACCCCAUGUUUUUUCCACUUUAAAAUGUUAAGCAAUAUCGUUAAUAUAAAGUGGCCAAGUUUAAAGACAUUUCACCGAGAAAAAUAAGAAAUAUUAAGAAAAAAUGAUCAAAAAUGACAAAAUUAUUGCCUGGCUAUGGGUGCGAUGUUGCUAUGGCAACGGUCUUAAUCCAGAAAAUAAAACUUGAUACGGGAGCCUUCUUAUAUCGGUAACCUUGACGGUGAAUCUCGUGAACAAAAUCGCAAAGACAAGGUAACUAGAUUUCGUUCUGUAACGUAUGCUUGACAGCUAGGGUUGUUAGUAACUACUCUAGGGAGCCACAAUAAGAUUUUCACUUUCAUUCCGAACAGUGAAUGGUAAUCGUGUCCCAAGUUAAUAGGUGCACGCCCUCGCACAUUUCUUUUGCUGUAGUAGUUUUUCAUAACCUAACUUAGGGACAUGAGGUUUCCUUAUUUCUUUUAAAACUAAAUACUAGGACUAUCCCUAAAAUUCAAAUCAAUAGAUAAUUUUUUCUUCACAAUUACUGAUUUGGGUAAGAUUAGAUCCUUCAAAUUACACGGGAAAAGGCAAAGCAAUACAUAAUUAUCCCUUGGUUAUUACCCACGUUUGGGCAAGAUUACUUUUAAAAGAAUUUCUUUUCUGGACUACCCAUGUAGAUUAAAACUGAAUGCAGUCAUUAAAUGCUCAAUGUGAAUCUUGUAUAGUUAUGUUCUCCAUGUACAUAUAAAUCUUUAAUUGUGGUCAAUCCUAACCAUGUCUUUCUCUCCUUAGACACUGAUAACUGUCAUCCAAACCCGUGUCUAAACAACGGAACAUGUAUAGACGGAGUGGAUGACUACAAGUGUACCUGCGUGCCUGGCUUUGUAGGGAAGAAUUGCUCAAAUAGUAAGCCUUUUAAACCAGUCUUAGCAUGAAGAUUUUCGGAUUCAGUCUAAACAGUGAAUGGUAAUCGUGUUCGAAGUGAAUUGGCCAACGACCUCGCUCAUUGUUUUUGGAAAAGCCGUUUACGGAUAUAAACUUUCUUUACUUCUUUUUAAAAUUAAUACUAGGACUAUCCCUAGAAUGCAAAUCAAUAUAUAAUAAAACGUUGGCUAUUACUAAUUUAGGCAAGAUUAGUUUCUUCAUGUUACACAGGAAAAGGCAAAACAAUACAUCAUUAUGCCUUGGUUAUUAAAACAGAUAAAUAAAUAAAUAUACCGUUUAUUUGCCACAUUGCAGAACUAACUGAAUUAAAACGCUAAAAAUUAUUAAUUAACAAAUAAUUAACACUACUACUACUAUAGAAACAAAAGAAAUGUCUUGAAUAACUAUUUUCAUAUUCACAUAUUUACUAGCCAAUGAAAUAAAGGAACCUGAAUGCUGGGUUAGGCAACAACUCCUAACUAAUUUAGGCAAGAUUACUUUUAAUAAAAUUAACUUCCCUUGUGGAGUGGCCAUGUGGAAUAAAACUGAAUGCCGUCAAUUAAUGUGCAAUGUGAAUCUUGUGUAGUUAUAUUUCCGUGUAGAUACGGAUAUUUUAUUGUGGUUAAUCCUUACCAUGUCCUUCUCUCCUCAGACAAUGAUAACUGUUAUCCAAACCCGUGUCUAAACAACGGAACAUGUACAGACGGAGUAAAUGACUACACCUGCAUUUGCGUGCCUGGCUUUGUAGGGAAGAAUUGCUCAAAUAGUAAGCCUUUUAAAAUCAAGUGUUACUAUUAAGUUUUUCGUAUUCAGUCUGAACUGUGAAUGGUAAUCGUGUUCCAAGUGAAUAGGCGUACGAUCUAGCUCGUUUCUUGUAGAAAAGUCCUUUUGCAUAGGUUACAGACAGGAAAAGUUUUCUUACCUUUUUAAAAAAUUAAUACUCGGACUAUCCCUAAAAGGCAAAUCAAUACAUAAUUAUGCCUUGGUCAUCACCAAUUUGGGUAAAGUUAGUGUCUUCAUGUUACACAGAAAAAAGCAAAACAAUACAUAAUUGUGCCUUGGUUAUUACUAAUUUGGGUAAGAUUACUUUUAAAAGAAUUUUCCUUCUGAAUGCCAUCAAUUAAUGUGCAAUGUGAAUCUUGUAUAGUUAUCUUUUCCAUGUAGGUUUAGAUAUUUUAUUCUGGUCAAUCAUUACGAUGUCCUUCUUUCCUCAGACACUGAUAACUGUUAUCGAAACCCGUGUCUAAACAACGGAACAUGUAUAGACGGAGUGGACGACUACAAGUGUACCUGCGUGCCUGGCUUUGCGGGGAAGAACUGCUCAAACAGUAAGGCAUUAAAAUCAAGUGUUAGUAUUGAGAUUUUUGGAUUCAGUGGGAACAGUGAGUGGUAAUCGUGUUCCGAGUAAAUCGCCGCACGACUUCGGUUCUUUCUUUUGGAAAAGUCGUUUUGGUUUAGUUACAAAUAUGAAGUUUCCUUACCUCUUUUAUAAAUUAAAACUAGGACUAUCCCUUUUCUUGUGGUGUGCUUAUGUGGAAUAAAUCUAAAUGUCGUCAAUUAAUGCGCAAUGUGAAUCUUGUAGAGUGAUGUUUUUCGUCUAGCUAUCGAUAUUUUAUUGUGGUCAAUCCUUUCCAUGUCCUUCUCUCCUUAGACACUGAUGACUGUUAUCCAAACCCGUGUCUAAACAACGGAACAUGUAUAGACGGAGUAAAUGACUACACCUGCAUUUGCGUGCCUGGCUUUGAUGGGAAGAAUUGCUCAAAUAGUAAGCCUUUUAAAAUCAAGUGUUACUAUUAAGUUUUUCGUAUUCAGUCUGAACUGUGAAUGGUAAUCGUGUUCCAAGUGAAUAGGCGUACGAUGUAGCUCGUUUCUUUUAGAAAAGUCCUUUUGCAUAGGUUACAGACAUGAAAAGUUUUCUUACCUUUUUAAAAAAUUAAUACUCGGACUAUCCCUAAAAGGCAAAUCAAUACAUAAUUAUGCCUUGGUCAUCACCAAUUUGGGUAAGGUUAGUGCCUUCAUGUUACACAGAAAAAAGUCAUAAUUGUGCCUUGGUUAUCAUUACGAUGUCCUUCUUUCCUCAGACACUGAUAACUGUUAUCCAAACCCGUGUCUAAACAACGGAACAUGUAUAGACGGAGUGGAUGAGUACGAGUGCCUUUGCGUGCCUGGCUUUGUAGGGAAGAAUUGCUCAAAUAGUAAGCCUUUAAAACCAGUCUUAGCAUGAAGAUUUGAUCGGAUUCAGUCUAAACAGUGAAUGCUAAUCGUGUUCGAAGUGAAUUGGCCAACGACCUCGCUCAUUGUUUUUGGAAAAGCCGUUUUCACUAAGUUACGGAUAUAAACUUUCUUUACUUCUUUUUAAAAUUAAUACUAGGACUAUCCCUAGAAUGCAAAUCAAUAUAUAAUAAAACGUUGGCUAUUACAAAUCUAUGCAAGAUUAGUUUCUUCGUGUUACACAGGAAAAGGCAAAACAAUACAUCAUUAUGCCUUGGUUAUUAAAACAGAUAAAUAAAUAAAGAUACCGUUUAUUUGCCACAUUGCAGAACUAACUGAAUUAAAAGGCUAUCAAUUAUUAAUUAACAAAUAAUUAACACUACUACUACUAUAGAAACAAAAGAAAUAUCUUGAAUAACUAUUUACAUAUUCACAUAUUUACUAGCCAAUGAAAUAGAGGAACCUGAAUGCUGGGUUAGGCAACAACUCCUAACUAAUUUGGGCAAGAUUACUUUUAAUAAAAUUAACUUCCCUUGUAGAGUGGCCAUGUGGAAUAAAACUGAAUGCCGUCAAUUAAUGUGCAAUGUGAAUCUUGUAUAGUUAUAUUUCCGUGUAGAUAGGGAUAUUUUAUUGUGGUCAAUCCUUACCAUGUCCUUCUCUCCUCAGACACUGAUAACUGUUAUCCAAACCCGUGUCUAAACAACGGAACAUGUACAGACGGAGUAAAUGACUACACCUGCAUUUGCGUGCCUGGCUUUGUAGGGAAGAAUUGCUCAAAUAGUAAGCCUUUUAAAAUCAAGUGUUACUAUUAAGUUUUUCGUAUUCAGUCUGAACUGUGAAUGGUAAUCGUGUUCCAAGUGAAUAGGCGUACGAUGUAGCUCGUUUCUUUUAGAAAAGUCCUUUUGCAUAAGUUACAGACAUGAAAAGUUUUCUUACCUUUUUAAAAAAUUAAUACUCGGACUAUCCCUAAAAGGCAAAUCAAUACAUAAUUAUGCCUUGGUCAUCACCAAUUUGGGUAAGGUUAGUGCCUUCAUGUUACACAGAAAAAAGCAAAACAAUACAUAAUUGUGCCUUGGUUAUUACUAAUUUGGGUAAGAUUACUUUUAAAAGAAUUUUCCUUCUAAUUGCCGUCAAUUAAUGUGCAAUGUGAAUGUUGUAUAGUUAUCUUUUCCAUGUAGGUUUAAAUAUUUUAUUGUGGUCAAUCAUUACGAUGUCCUUCUUUCCUCAGACACUGAUAACUGUUAUCCAAACCCGUGUCUAAACAACGGAACAUGUAUAGACAGAGUGGAUGACUACAAGUGUACCUGCGUGCCUGGCUUUGUGGGGAAGAACUGCUCAAACAGUAAGGCAUUAAAAUCAAGUGUUAGUAUUGAGAUUUUUGGAUUCAGUGGGAACAGUGAGUGGUAAUCGUGUUCCGAGUAAAUCGCCGCACGACUUCGGUUCUUUCUUUUGGAAAAGUCGUUUUGGUUUAGUUACAAAUAUGAAGUUUCCUUACCUCUUUUAUAAAUUAAAACUAGGACUAUCCCUUUUCUUGUGGUGUGCUUAUGUGGAAUAAAUCUAAAUGUCGUCAAUUAAUGCGCAAUGUGAAUCUUGUAGAGUGAUGUUUUUCGUCUAGCUAUCGAUAUUUUAUUGUGGUCAAUCCUUUCCAUGUCCUUUUCUCCUUAGACACUGAUGACUGUUAUCCAAACCCGUGUCUAAACAACGGAACAUGUAUAGACGGGGUGAAUGACUACAAGUGCAGUUGCGUGCCUGGCUUUGAUGGGAAGAAUUGCUCAAAUAGUAAGCCGUUUAAAAUCAUUCUUUGCAUUAAGAUUUUCAGUUUCAGUCUGAACAGUGAAUGGUAAUCGUGUUCCAAGUAAAUAGGUGCACGCCCUCGCACAUUUCUUUUGGUGUAGUAGUUUUUCAUAACCUAAGUUAGAGACAUAAAGGUUUCCUUAUUUCUUUUAAAACUAAAUAAUAGGACUAUCCCUAAAAGGCAAAUCAAUGGAUAAUUUUUUCUUCGCCAUUACUGAUUUGGGUAAGAUUAGUUUCUUCAGGUUACACGGGAAAAGGCAAAGCAACACAUUAUUAUCCCUUGGUUAUUACCCAUGUUUGGGCAAGAUUACUUUUAAAAGAAUUUCUUUUCUGGAGUACCCAUGUAGAUUAAAACUGAUUGCAGUCAUUAUUAAAUGCUCAAUAUGAAUCUUUGUAUGGUUAUGUUGUCCAUGUACAUAUAAAUGUUUAAUUGUGGUCAAUCCUAACCAUGUCUUUCUCUCCUUAGAUACUGAUGACUGUUAUCCAAACCCGUGUCUAAACAACGGAACAUGUAUAGACGGAGUGGAUGACUACGAGUGCCUUUGCGUGCCUGGCUUUGUAGGGAAGAAUUGCUCAAAUAGUAAGCCUUUAAAACCAGUCUUAGCAUGAAGAUUUUCGGAUUCAGUCUAAACAGUGAACGGUAAUCGUGUUCGAAGUGAAUUGGCCAACGACCUCGCUCAUUGUUUUUGGAAAAGCCGUUUUCACUAAGUUACGGAUAUAAACUUUCUUUACUUCUUUUUAAAAUUAAUACUAGGACUAUCCCUAGAAUGCAAAUCAAUAUAUAAUAAAACGUUGGCUAUUACUAAUCUAGGCAAGAUUAGUUUCUUCAUGUUACACAGGAAAAGGCAAAACAAUACAUCAUUAUGCCUUGGUUAUUAAAACAGAUAAAUAAGUAAAGAUACCGUUUAUUUGCCACAUUGCAGAACUAACUGAAUUAAAAGGCUAUCAAUUAUUAAUUAACAAAUAAUUAACACUACUACUACUAUAGAAACAAAAGAAAUAUCUUGAAUAACUAUUUACAUAUUCACAUAUUUACUGGCCAAUGAAAUAGAGGAACCUGAAUGCUGGGUUAGGCAACAACUCCUAACUAAUUUGGGCAAGAUUACUUUUAAUAAAAUUAACUUCCCUUGUAGAGUGGCCAUGUGGAAUAAAACUGAAUGCCGUCAAUUAAUGUGCAAUGUGAAUCUUGUAUAGUUAUAUUUCCGUGUAGAUAGGGAUAUUUUAUUGUGGUCAAUCCUUACCAUGUCCUUCUCUCCUCAGACACUGAUAACUGUUAUCCAAACCCGUGUCUAAACAACGGAACAUGUACAGACGGAGUAAAUGACUACACCUGCAUUUGCGUGCCUGGCUUUGUAGGGAAGAAUUGCUCAAAUAGUAAGCCUUUUAAAAUCAAGUGUUACUAUUAAGUUUUUCGUAUUCAGUCUGAACUGUGAAUGGUAAUCGUGUUCCAAGUGAAUAGGCGUACGAUGUAGCUCGUUUCUUUUAGAAAAGUCCUUUUGCAUAAGUUACAGACAUGAAAAGUUUUCUUACCUUUUUAAAAAAUUAAUACUCGGACUAUCCCUAAAAGGCAAAUCAAUACAUAAUUAUGCCUUGGUCAUCACCAAUUUGGGUAAGGUUAGUGCCUUCAUGUUACACAGAAAAAAGCAAAACAAUACAUAAUUGUGCCUUGGUUAUUACUAAUUUGGGUAAGAUUACUUUUAAAAGAAUUUUCCUUCUAAAUGCCGUCAAUUAAUGUGCAAUGUGAAUGUUGUAUAGUUAUCUUUUCCAUGUAGGUUUAGAUAUUUUAUUGUGGUCAAUCAUUACGAUGUCCUUCUUUCCUCAGACACUGAUAACUGUUAUCCAAACCCGUGUCUAAACAACGGAACAUGUAUAGACAGAGUGGAUGACUACAAGUGUACCUGCGUGCCUGGCUUUGUGGGGAAGAACUGCUCAAACAGUAAGGCAUUAAAAUCAAGUGUUAGUAUUGAGAUUUUUGGAUUCAGUGGGAACAGUGAGUGGUAAUCGUGUUCCGAGUAAAUCGCACACGACUUCGGUUCUUUCUUUUGGAAAAGUCGUUUUGGUUUAGUUACAAAUAUGAAGUUUCCUUACCUCUUUUAUAAAUUAAAACUAGGACUAUCCCUUUUUCUUGUGGUGUGCUUAUGUGGAAUAAAUCUAAAUGUCGUCAAUUAAUGCGCAAUGUGAAUCUUGUAGAGUGAUGAUUUUCGUCUAGCUAUCGAUAUUUUAUUGUGGUCAAUCCUUUCCAUGUCCUUCUCUCCUUAGACACUGAUGACUGUUAUCCAAACCCGUGUCUAAACAACGGAACAUGUAUAGACGGGGUGAAUGACUACAAGUGCAGUUGCGUGCCUGGCUUUGAUGGGAAGAAUUGCUCAAAUAGUAAGCCGUUUAAAAUCAUUCUUUGCAUUAAGAUUUUCAGUUUCAGUCUGAACAGUGAAUGGUAAUCGUGUUCCAAGUAAAUAGGUGCACGCCCUCGCACAUUUCUUUUGGUGUAGUAGUUUUUCAUAACCUAAGUUAGAGACAUAAAGGUUUCCUUAUUUCUUUUAAAACUAAAUAAUAGGACUAUCCCUAAAAAGGCAAAUCAAUGGAUAAUUUUUUUUCUUCGCCAUUACUGAUUUGGGUAAGAUUAGUUUCUUCAGGUUACACGGGAAAAGGCAAAGCAAUACAUAAUUAUCCCUUGGUUAUUACCCAUGUUUGGGCAAGAUUACUUUUAAAAUAAUUUCUUUUCUGGAGUACCCAUGUAGAUUAAAACUGAUUGCAGUCAUUAUUAAAUGCUCAAUGUGAAUCUUGUAUAGUUAUGUUGUCCAUGUACAUAUAAAUGUUUAAUUGUGGUCAAUCCUAACCAUGUCUUUCUCUCCUUAGAUACUGAUGACUGUUAUCCAAACCCGUGUCUAAACAACGGAACAUGUAUAGACGGAGUGGAUGAGUACGAGUGCCUUUGCGUGCCUGGCUUUGUAGGGAAGAAUUGCUCAAAUAGUAAGCCUUUAAAACCAGUCUUAGCAUGAAGAUUUUCGGAUUCAGUCUAAACAGUGAACGGUAAUCGUGUUCGAAGUGAAUUGGCCAACGACCUCGCUCAUUGUUUUUGGAAAAGCCGUUUUCACUAAGUUACGGAUAUAAAGUUUCUUUACUUCUUUUUAAAAUUAAUACUAGGACUAUCCCUAGAAUGCAAAUCAAUAUAUAAUAAAACGUUGGCUAUUACUAAUCUAGGCAAGAUUAGUUUCUUCAUGUUACACAGGAAAAGGCAAAACAAUACAUCAUUAUGCCUUGGUUAUUAAAACAGAUAAAUAAAUAAAUAUACCGUUUAUUUGCCACAUUGCAGAACUAACUGAAUUAAAAGGCUAUCAAUUAUUAAUUAACAAAUAAUUAACACUACUACUACUAUAGAAACAAAAGAAAUAUCUUGAAUAACUAUUUACAUAUUCACAUAUUUACUAGCCAAUGAAAUAGAGGAACCUGAAUGCUGGGUUAGGCAACAACUCCUAACUAAUUUGGGCAAGAUUACUUUUAAUAAAAUUAACUUCCCUUGUAGAGUGGCCAUGUGGAAUAAAACUGAAUGCCGUCAAUUAAUGUGCAAUGUGAAUCUUGUAUAGUUAUAUUUCCGUGUAGAUAGGGAUAUUUUAUUGUGGUCAAUCCUUACCAUGUCCUUCUCUCCUCAGACACUGAUAACUGUUAUCCAAACCCGUGUCUAAACAACGGAACAUGUACAGACGGAGUAAAUGACUACACCUGCAUUUGCGUGCCUGGCUUUGUAGGGAAGAAUUGCUCAAAUAGUAAGCCUUUUAAAAUCAAGUGUUACUAUUAAGUUUUUCGUAUUCAGUCUGAACUGUGAAUGGUAAUCGUGUUCCAAGUGAAUAGGCGUACGAUGUAGCUCGUUUCUUUUAGAAAAGUCCUUUUGCAUAAGUUACAGACAUGAAAAGUUUUCUCACCUUUUUAAAAAAUUAAUACUCGGACUAUCCCUAAAAGGCAAAUCAAUACAUAAUUAUGCCUUGGUCAUCACCAAUUUGGGUAAGGUUAGUGCCUUCAUGUUACACAGAAAAAAGCAAAACAAUACAUAAUUGUGCCUUGGUUAUUACUAAUUUGGGUAAGAUUACUUUUAAAAGAAUUUUCCUUCUAAAUGCCGUCAAUUAAUGUGCAAUGUGAAUGUUGUAUAGUUAUCUUUUCCAUGUAGGUUUAGAUAUUUUAUUGUGGUCAAUCAUUACGAUGUCCUUCUUUCCUCAGACACUGAUAACUGUUAUCCAAACCCGUGUCUAAACAACGGAACAUGUAUAGACAGAGUGGAUGACUACAAGUGUACCUGCGUGCCUGGCUUUGUGGGGAAGAACUGCUCAAACAGUAAGGCAUUAAAAUCAAGUGUUAGUAUUGAGAUUUUUGGAUUCAGUGGGAACAGUGAGUGGUAAUCGUGUUCCGAAUAAAUCGCCGCACGACUUCGGUUCUUUCUUUUGGAAAAGUCGUUUUGGUUUAGUUACAAAUAUGAAGUUUCCUUACCUCUUUUAUAAAUUAAAACUAGGACUAUCCCUUUUUCUUGUGGUGUGCUUAUGUGGAAUAAAUCUAAAUGUCGUCAAUUAAUGCGCAAUGUGAAUCUUGUAGAGUGAUGAUUUUCGUCUAGCUAUCGAUAUUUUAUUGUGGUCAAUCCUUUCCAUGUCCUUCUCUCCUUAGACACUGAUGACUGUUAUCCAAACCCGUGUCUAAACAACGGAACAUGUAUAGACGGGGUGAAUGACUACAAGUGCAGUUGCGUGCCUGGCUUUGAUGGGAAGAAUUGCUCAAAUAGUAAGCCGUUUAAAAUCAUUCUUUGCAUUAAGAUUUUCAGUUUCAGUCUGAACAGUGAAUGGUAAUCGUGUUCCAAGUAAAUAGGUGCACGCCCUCGCACAUUUCUUUUGGUGUAGUAGUUUUUCAUAACCUAAGUUAGAGACAUAAAGGUUUCCUUAUUUCUUUUAAAACUAAAUAAUAGGACUAUCCCUAAAAGGCAAAUCAAUGGAUAAUUUUUUCUUCGCCAUUACUGAUUUGGGUAAGAUUAGUUUCUUCAGGUUACACGGGAAAAGGCAAAGCAAUACAUAAUUAUCCCUUGGUUAUUACCCAUGUUUGGGCAAGAUUACUUUUAAAAGAAUUUCUUUUCUGGAGUACCCAUGUAGAUUAAAACUGAUUGCAGUCAUUAUUAAAUGCUCAAUGUGAAUCUUGUAUGGUUAUGUUGUCCAUGUACAUAUAAAUGUUUAAUUGUGGUCAAUCCUAACCAUGUCUUUCUCUCCUUAGAUACUGAUGACUGUUAUCCAAACCCGUGUCUAAACAACGGAACAUGUAUAGACGGAGUGGAUGAGUACGAGUGCCUUUGCGUGCCUGGCUUUGUAGGGAAGAAUUGCUCAAAUAGUAAGCCUUUAAAACCAGUCUUAGCAUGAAGAUUUUCGGAUUCAGUCUAAACAGUGAACGGUAAUCGUGUUCGAAGUAAAUUGGCCAACGACCUCGCUCAUUGUUUUUGGAAAAGCCGUUUUCAAUAAGUUACGGAUAUAAACUUUCUUUACUUCUUUUUAAAAUUAAUACUAGGACUAUCCCUAGAAUGCAAAUCAAUAUAUAAUAAAACGUUGGCUAUUACUAAUCUAUGCAAGAUUAGUUUCUUCGUGUUACACAGGAAAAGGCAAAACAAUACAUCAUUAUGCCUUGGUUAUUAAAACAGAUAAAUAAAUAAAGAUACCGUUUAUUUGCCACAUUGCAGAACUAACUGAAUUAAAAGGCUAUCAAUUAUUAAUUAACAAAUAAUUAACACUACUACUACUAUAGAAACAAAAGAAAUAUCUUGAAUAGCUAUUUACAUAUUCACAUAUUUACUAGCCAAUGAAAUAGAGGAACCUGAAUGCUGGGUUAGGCAACAACUCCUAACUAAUUUGGGCAAGAUUACUUUUAAUAAAAUUAACUUCCCUUGUAGAGUGGCCAUGUGGAAUAAAACUGAAUGCCGUCAAUUAAUGUGCAAUGUGAAUCUUGUAUAGUUAUAUUUCCGUGUAGAUAGGGAUAUUUUAUUGUGGUCAAUCCUUACCAUGUCCUUCUCUCCUCAGACACUGAUGACUGUUAUCCAAACCCGUGUCUAAACAACGGAACAUGUACAGACGGAGUAAAUGACUACACCUGCAUUUGCGUGCCUGGCUUUGUAGGGAAGAAUUGCUCAAAUAGUAAGCCUUUUAAAAUCAAGUGUUACUAUUAAGUUUUUCGUAUUCAGUCUGAACUGUGAAUGGUAAUCGUGUUCCAAGUUAAUAGUCGUACGAUGUAGCUCGUUUCUUUUAGAAACAGUCCUUUUGCAUAAGUUACAGACAUGAAAAGUUUUCUUACCUUUUUAAAAAUUAAUACUCGGACUAUCCCUAAAAGGCAAAUCAAUACAUAAUUAUGCCUUGGUCAUCACCAAUUUGGGUAAGGUUAGUGCCUUCAUGUUACACAGAAAAAAGCAAAACAAUACAUAAUUGUGCCUUGGUUAUUACUAAUUUGGGUAAGAUUACUUUUAAAAGAAUUUUCCCUCUAAAUGUCGUCAAUUAAUGUGCAAUGUGAAUGUUGUAUAGUUAUCUUUUCCAUGUAGGUUUAGAUAUUUUAUUGUGGUCAAUCAUUACGAUGUCCUUCUUUCCUCAGACACUGAUAACUGUUAUCCAAACCCGUGUCUAAACAACGGAACAUGUAUAGACAGAGUGGAUGACUACAAGUGUACCUGCGUGCCUGGCUUUGUGGGGAAGAACUGCUCAAACAGUAAGGCAUUAAAAUCAAGUGUUAGUAUUGAGAUUUUUGGAUUCAGUGGGAACAGUGAGUGGUAAUCGUGUUCCGAGUAAAUCGCCGCACGACUUCGGUUCUUUCUUUUGGAAAAGUCGUUUUGGUUUAGUUACAAAUAUGAAGUUUCCUUACCUCUUUUAUAAAUUAAAACUAGGACUAUCCCUUUUCUUGUGGUGUGCUUAUGUGGAAUAAAUCUAAAUGUCGUCAAUUAAUGCGCAAUGUGAAUCUUGUAGAGUGAUGUUUUUCGUCUAGCUAUCGAUAUUUUAUUGUGGUCAAUCCUUUCCAUGUCCUUCUCUCCUUAGACACUGAUGACUGUUAUCCAAACCCGUGUCUAAACAACGGAACAUGUAUAGACGGGGUGAAUGACUACAAGUGCAGUUGCGUGCCUGGCUUUGAUGGGAAGAAUUGCUCAAAUAGUAAGCCGUUUAAAAUCAUUCUUUGCAUUAAGAUUUUCAGUUUCAGUCUGAACAGUGAAUGGUAAUCGUGUUCCAAGUAAAUAGGUGCACGCCCUCGCACAUUUCUUUUGGUGUAGUAGUUUUUCAUAACCUAAGUUAGAGACAUAAAGGUUUCCUUAUUUCUUUUAAAACUAAAUAAUAGGACUAUCCCUAAAAGGCAAAUCAAUGGAUAAUUUUUUCUUCGCCAUUACUGAUUUGGGUAAGAUUAGUUUCUUCAGGUUACACGGGAAAAGGCGAAGCAAUACAUAAUUAUCCCUUGGUUAUUACCCAUGUUUGGGCAAGAUUACUUUUAAAAGAAUUUCUUUUCUGGAGUACCCAUGUAGAUUAAAACUGAUUGCAGUCAUUAUUAAAUGCUCAAUGUGAAUCUUGUAUAGUUAUGUUGUCCAUGUACAUAUAAAUGUUUAAUUGUGGUCAAUCCUAACCAUGUCUUUCUCUCCUUAGAUACUGAUGACUGUUAUCCAAACCCGUGUCUAAACAACGGAACAUGUAUAGACGGAGUGGAUGACUACGAGUGCCUUUGCGUGCCUGGCUUUGUAGGGAAGAAUUGCUCAAAUAGUAAGCCUUUAAAACCAGUCUUAGCAUGAAGAUUUUCGGAUUCAGUCUAAACAGUGAAUGGUAAUCGUGUUCGAAGUGAAUUGGCCAACGACCUCGCUCAUUGUUUUUGGAAAAGCCGUUUUCACUAAGUUACGGAUAUAAACUUUCUUUACUUCUUUUUAAAAUUAAUACUAGGACUAUCCCUAGAAUGCAAAUCAAUAUAUAAUAAAACGUUGGCUAUUACUAAUCUAGGCAAGAUUAGUUUCUUCAUGUUACACAGGAAAAGGCAAAACAAUACAUCAUUAUGCCUUGGUUAUUAAGACAGAUAAAUAAAUAAAUAUACCGUUUAUUUGCCACAUUGCAGAACUAACUGAAUUAAAAGGCUAUCAAUUAUUAAUUAAAAAAUAAUGAAAUCUACUACUACUAUAGAAACAAAAGAAAUAUCUUGAAUAACUAUUUACAUAUUCACAUAUUUACUAGCCAAUGAAAUAGAGGAACCUGAAUGCUGGGUUAGGCAACAACUCCUAACUAAUUUGGGCAAGAUUACUUUUAAUAAAAUUAACUUCCCUUGUAGAGUGGCCAUGUGGAAUAAAACUGAAUGCCGUCAAUUAAUGUGCAAUGUGAAUCUUGUAUAGUUAUAUUUCCGUGUAGAUAGGGAUAUUUUAUUGUGGUCAAUCCUUACCAUGUCCUUCUCUCCUCAGACACUGAUAACUGUUAUCCAAACCCGUGUCUAAACAACGGAACAUGUACAGACGGAGUAAAUGACUACACCUGCAUUUGCGUGCCUGGCUUUGUAGGGAAGAAUUGCUCAAAUAGUAAGCCUUUUAAAAUCAAGUGUUACUAUUAAGUUUUUCGUAUUCAGUCUGAACUGUGAAUGGUAAUCGUGUUCCAAGUGAAUAGGUGUACGAUGUAGCUCGUUUCUUUUAGAAAAGUCCUUUUGCAUAAGUUACAGACAUGAAAAGUUUUCUUACCUUUUUAAAAAAUUAAUACUCGGACUAUCCCUAAAAGGCAAAUCAAGACAUAAUUAUGCCUUGGUCAUCACCAAUUUGGGUAAGGUUAGUGCCUUCAUGUUACACAAAAAAAAAGCAAAACAAUACAUAAUUGUGCCUUGGUUAUUACUAAUUUGGGUAAGAUUACUUUUUAAAAGAAUUUUCCUUCUGAAUGCCGUCAAUUAAUGUGCAAUGUGAAUGUUGUAUAGUUAUCUUUUCCAUGUAGGUUUAGAUAUUUUAUUGUGGUCAAUCAUUACGAUGUCCUUCUUUCCUCAGACACUGAUAACUGUUAUCCAAACCCGUGUCUAAACAACGGAACAUGUAUAGACGGAGUGGAUGACUACAAGUGUACCUGCGUGCCUGGCUUUGUGGGGAAGAACUGCUCAAACAGUAAGGCAUUAAAAUCAAGUGUUAGUAUUGAGAUUUUUGGAUUCAGUGGGAACAGUGAGUGGUAAUCGUGUUCCGAGUAAAUCGCCGCACGACUUCGGUUCUUUCUUUUGGAAAAGUCGUUUUGGUUUAGUUACAAAUAUGAAGUUUCCUUACCUCUUUUAUAAAUUAAAACUAGGACUAUCCCUUUUCUUGUGGUGUGCUUAUGUGGAAUAAAUCUAAAUGUCGUCAAUUAAUGCGCAAUGUGAAUCUUGUAGAGUGAUGUGUUUCGUCUAGCUAUCGAUAUUUUAUUGUGGUCAAUCCUUUCCAUGUCCUUCUCUCCUUAGACACUGAUGACUGUUAUCCAAACCCGUGUCUAAACAACGGAACAUGUAUAGACGGGGUGAAUGACUACAAGUGCAGUUGCGUGCCUGGCUUUGAUGGGAAGAAUUGCUCAAAUAGUAAGCCGUUUAAAAUCAUUCUUUGCAUUAAGAUUUUCAGUUUCAGUCUGAACAGUGAAUGGUAAUCGUGUUCCAAGUAAAUAGGUGCACGCCCUCGCACAUUUCUUUUGGUGUAGUAGUUUUUCAUAACCUAAGUUAGAGACAUAAAGGUUUCCUUAUUUCUUUUAAAACUAAAUAAUAGGACUAUCCCUAAAAGGCAAAUCAAUGGAUAAUUUUUUCUUCGCCAUUACUGAUUUGGGUAAGAUUAGUUUCUUCAGGUUACACGGGAAAAGGCAAAGCAAUACAUAAUUAUCCCUUGGUUAUUACCCAUGUUUGGGCAAGAUUACUUUUAAAAGAAUUUCUUUUCUGGAGUACCCAUGUAGAUUAAAACUGAUUGCAGUCAUUAUUAAAUGCUCAAUGUGAAUCUUGUAUAGUUAUGUUGUCCAUGUACAUAUAAAUGUUUAAUUGUGGUCAAUCCUAACCAUGUCUUUCUCUCCUUAGAUACUGAUGACUGUUAUCCAAACCCGUGUCUAAACAACGGAACAUGUAUAGACGGAGUGGAUGACUACGAGUGCCUUUGCGUGCCUGGCUUUGUAGGGAAGAAUUGCUCAAAUAGUAAGCCUUUAAAACCAGUCUUAGCAUGAAGAUUUUCGGAUUCAGUCUAAACAGUGAAUGGUAAUCGUGUUCGAAGUGAAUUGGCCAACGACCUCGCUCAUUGUUUUUGGAAAAGCCGUUUUCACUAAGUUACGGAUAUAAACUUUCUUUACUUCUUUUUAAAAUUAAUACUAGGACUAUCCCUAGAAUGCAAAUCAAUAUAUAAUAAAUCGUUGGCUAUUACUAAUCUAGGCAAGAUUAGUUUCUUCAUGUUACACAGGAAAAGGCAAAACAAUACAUCAUUAUGCCUUGGUUAUUAAAACAGAUAAAUAAAUAAAGAUACCGUUUAUUUGCCACAUUGCAGAACUAACUGAAUUAAAAGGCUAUCAAUUAUUAAUUAACAAAUAAUUAACACUACUACUACUAUAGAAACAAAAGAAAUAUCUUGAAUAACUAUUUACAUAUUCACAUAUUUACUAGCCAAUGAAAUAGAGGAACCUGAAUGCUGGGUUAGGCAACAACUCCUAACUAAUUUGGGCAAGAUUACUUUUAAUAAAAUUAACUUCCCUUGUAGAGUGGCCAUGUGGAAUAAAACUGAAUGCCGUCAAUUAAUGUGCAAUGUGAAUCUUGUAUAGUUAUAUUUCCGUGUAGAUAGGGAUAUUUUAUUGUGGUCAAUCCUUACCAUGUCCUUCUCUCCUCAGACACUGAUAACUGUUAUCCAAACCCGUGUCUAAACAACGGAACAUGUACAGACGGAGUAAAUGACUACACCUGCAUUUGCGUGCCUGGCUUUGUAGGGAAGAAUUGCUCAAAUAGUAAGCCUUUUAAAAUCAAGUGUUACUAUUAAGUUUUUCGUAUUCAGUCUGAACUGUGAAUGGUAAUCGUGUUCCAAGUGAAUAGGCGCUACGAUGUAGCUCGUUUCUUUUAGAAAAGUCCUUUUGCAUAAGUUACAGACAUGAAAAAGUUUUCUUACCUUUUUAAAAAUUAAUACUCGGACUAUCCCUAAAAGGCAAAUCAAUACAUAAUUAUGCCUUGGUCAUCACCAAUUUGGGUAAGGUUAGUGCCUUCAUGUUACACAGAAAAAAAGCAAAACAAUACAUAAUUGUGCCUUGGUUAUUACUAAUUUGGGUAAGAUUACUUUUUAAAAGAAUUUUCCUUCUAAAUGCCGUCAAUUAAUGUGCAAUGUGAAUGUUGUAUAGUUAUCUUUUCCAUGUAGGUUUAGAUAUUUUAUUGUGGUCAAUCAUUACGAUGUCCUUCUUUCCUCAGACACUGAUAACUGUUAUCCAAACCCGUGUCUAAACAACGGAACAUGUAUAGACAGAGUGGAUGACUACAAGUGUACCUGCGUGCCUGGCUUUGUGGGGAAGAACUGCUCAAACAGUAAGGCAUUAAAAUCAAGUGUUAGUAUUGAGAUUUUUGGAUUCAGUGGGAACAGUGAGUGGUAAUCGUGUUCCGAGUAAAUCGCCGCACGACUUCGGUUCUUUCUUUUGGAAAAGUCGUUUUGGUUUAGUUACAAAUAUGAAGUUUCCUUACCUCUUUUAUAAAUUAAAACUAGGACUAUCCCUUUUCUUGUGGUGUGCUUAUGUGGAAUAAAUCUAAAUGUCGUCAAUUAAUGCGCAAUGUGAAUCUUGUAGAGUGAUGUUUUUCGUCUAGCUAUCGAUAUUUUAUUGUGGUCAAUCCUUUCCAUGUCCUUCUCUCCUUAGACACUGAUGACUGUUAUCCAAACCCGUGUCUAAACAACGGAACAUGUAUAGACGGGGUGAAUGACUACAAGUGCAGUUGCGUGCCUGGCUUUGAUGGGAAGAAUUGCUCAAAUAGUAAGCCGUUUAAAAUCAUUCUUUGCAUUAAGAUUUUCAGUUUCAGUCUGAACAGUGAAUGGUAAUCGUGUUCCAAGUAAAUAGGUGCACGCCCUCGCACAUUUCUUUUGGUGUAGUAGUUUUUCAUAACCUAAGUUAGAGACAUAAAGGUUUCCUUAUUUCUUUUAAAACUAAAUAAUAGGACUAUCCCUAAAAAGGCAAAUCAAUGGAUAAUUUUUUCUUCGCCAUUACUGAUUUGGGUAAGAUUAGUUUCUUCAGGUUACACGGGAAAAGGCAAAGCAAUACAUAAUUAUCCCUUGGUUAUUACCCAUGUUUGGGCAAGAUUACUUUUUAAAAGAAUUUCUUUUCUGGAGUACCCAUGUAGAUUAAAACUGAUUGCAGUCAUUAUUAAAUGCUCAAUGUGAAUCUUGUAUAGUUAUGUUGUCCAUGUACAUAUAAAUGUUUAAUUGUGGUCAAUCCUAACCAUGUCUUUUCUCCUUAGAUACUGAUGACUGUUAUCCAAACCCGUGUCUAAACAACGGAACAUGUAUAGACGGAGUGGAUGACUACGAGUGCCUUUGCGUGCCUGGCUUUGUAGGGAAGAAUUGCUCAAAUAGUAAGCCUUUAAAACCAGUCUUAGCAUGAAGAUUUUCGGAUUCAGUCUAAACAGUGAAUGGUAAUCGUGUUCGAAGUGAAUUGGCCAACGACCUCGCUCAUUGUUUUUGGAAAAGCCGUUUUCACUAAGUUACGGAUAUAAACUUUCUUUACUUCUUUUUAAAAUUAAUACUAGGACUAUCCCUAGAAUGCAAAUCAAUAUAUAAUAAAACGUUGGCUAUUACUAAUCUAGGCAAGAUUAGUUUCUUCAUGUUACACAGGAAAAGGCAAAACAAUACAUCAUUAUGCCUUGGUUAUUAAAACAGAUAAAUAAAUAAAUAUACCGUUUAUUUGCCACAUUGCAGAACUAACUGAAUUAAAAGGCUAUCAAUUAUUAAUUAACAAAUAAUUAACACUACUACUACUAUAGAAACAAAAGAAAUAUCUUGAAUAACUAUUUACAUAUUCACAUAUUUACUAGCCAAUGAAAUAGAGGAACCUGAAUGCUGGGUUAGGCAACAACUCCUAACUAAUUUGGGCAAGAUUACUUUUAAUAAAAUUAACUUCCCUUGUAGAGUGGCCAUGUGGAAUAAAACUGAAUGCCGUCAAUUAAUGUGCAAUGUGAAUCUUGUAUAGUUAUAUUUCCGUGUAGAUAGGGAUAUUUUAUUGUGGUCAAUCCUUACCAUGUCCUUCUCUCCUCAGACACUGAUAACUGUUAUCCAAACCCGUGUCUAAACAACGGAACAUGUACAGACGGAGUAAAUGACUACACCUGCAUUUGCGUGCCUGGCUUUGUAGGGAAGAAUUGCUCAAAUAGUAAGCCUUUUAAAAUCAAGUGUUACUAUUAAGUUUUUCGUAUUCAGUCUGAACUGUGAAUGGUAAUCGUGUUCCAAGUGAAUAGGUGUACGAUGUAGCUCGUUUCUUUUAGAAAAGUCCUUUUGCAUAAGUUACAGACAUGAAAAGUUUUCUUACCUUUUUAAAAAAUUAAUACUCGGACUAUCCCUAAAAGGCAAAUCAAGACAUAAUUAUGCCUUGGUCAUCACCAAUUUGGGUAAGGUUAGUGCCUUCAUGUUACACAGAAAAAAGCAAAACAAUACAUAAUUGUGCCUUGGUUAUUACUAAUUUGGGUAAGAUUACUUUUAAAAGAAGUUUCCUUCUAAAUGGCGUCAAUUAAUGUGCAAUGUGAAUGUUGUAUAGUUAUCUUUUCCAUAUAGGUUUAGAUAUUUUAUUGUGGUCAAUCAUUACGAUGUCCUUCUUUCCUCAGACACUGAUAACUGUUAUCCAAACCCGUGUCUAAACAACGGAACAUGUAUAGACAGAGUGGAUGACUACAAGUGUACCUGCGUGCCUGGCUUUGUGGGGAAGAACUGCUCAAACAGUAAGGCAUUAAAAUCAAGUGUUAGUAUUGAGAUUUUUGGAUUCAGUCGGAACAGUGAGUGGUAAUCGUGUUCCGAGUAAAUCGCCGCACGACUUCGGUUCUUUCUUUUGGAAAAGUCGUUUUGGUUUAGUUACAAAUAUGAAGUUUCCUUACCUCUUUCAUAAAUUAAAACUAGGACUAUCCCUUUUCUUGUGGUGUGCUUAUGUGGAAUAAAUCUAAAUGUCGUCAAUUAAUGCGCAAUGUGAAUCUUGUAGAGUGAUGUUUUUCGUCUAGAUAUCGAUAUUUUAUUGUGGUCAAUCCUUUCCAUGUCCUUCUCUCCUUAGACACUGAUGACUGUUAUCCAAACCCGUGUCUAAACAACGGAACAUGUAUAGACGGGGUGAAUGACUACAAGUGCAGUUGCGUGCCUGGCUUUGAUGGGAAGAAUUGCUCAAAUAGUAAGCCGUUUAAAAUCAUUCUUUGCAUUAAGAUUUUCAGUUUCAGUCUGAACAGUGAAUGGUAAUCGUGUUCCAAGUAAAUAGGUGCACGCCCUCGCACAUUUCUUUUGGUGUAGUAGUUUUUCAUAACCUAAGUUAGAGACAUAAAGGUUUCCUUAUUUCUUUUAAAACUAAAUAAUAGGACUAUCCCUAAAAGGCAAAUCAAUGGAUAAUUUUUUCUUCGCCAUUACUGAUUUGGGUAAGAUUAGUUUCUUCAGGUUACACGGGAAAAGGCGAAGCAAUACAUAAUUAUCCCUUGGUUAUUACCCAUGUUUGGGCAAGAUUACUUUUAAAAGAAUUUCUUUUCUGGAGUACCCAUGUAGAUUAAAACUGAUUGCAGUCAUUAUUAAAUGCUCAAUGUGAAUCUUGUAUAGUUAUGUUGUCAAUGUACAUAUAAAUGUUUAAUUGUGGUCAAUCCUAACCAUGUCUUUCUCUCCUUAGAUACUGAUGACUGUUAUCCAAACCCGUGUCUAAACAACGGAACAUGUAUAGACGGAGUGGAUGACUACAAGUGCCUUUGCGUGCCUGGCUUUGUAGGGAAGAAUUGCUCAAAUAGUAAGCCUUUAAAACCAGUCUUAGCAUGAAGAUUUUCGGAUUCAAUCUAAACAGUGAAUGGUAAUCGUGUUCGAAGUGAAUUGGCCAACGACCUCGCUCAUUGUUUUUGGAAAAGUCGUUUUCAAUAAGUUACCAGCGGAUAUAAACUUUCUUUACUUCUUUUUAAAAUUAAUACUAGGACUAUCCCUAGAAUGCAAAUCAAUAUAUAAUAAAACGUUGGCUAUUACUAAUCUAGGCAAGAUUAGUUUCUUCAUGUUACACAGGAAAAGGCAAAACAAUACAUCAUUAUGCCUUGGUUAUUAAAACAUAUAAAUAAAUAAAUAUACCGUUUAUUUGCCACAUUGCAGAACUAACUGAAUUAAAAGGCUAUCAAUUAUUAAUUAACAAAUAAUGAACACUCCUACUACUAUAGAAACAAAAGAAAUAUCUUGAAUAACUAUUUACAUAUUCACAUAUUUACUAGGCAAUGAAAUAGAGGAACCUGAAUGCUGGGUUAGGCAACAACUCCUAACUAAUUUGGGCAAGAUUACUUUUAAUAAAAUUAACUUCCCUUGUAGAGUGGCCAUGUGGAAUAAAACUGAAUGCCGUCAAUUAAUGUCCAAUGUGAAUCUUGUAUAGUUAUAUUUCCGUGUAGAUAGGGAUAUUUUAUUGUGGUCAAUCCUUACCAUGUCCUUCUCUCCUCAGACACUGAUAACUGUUAUCCAAACCCGUGUCUAAACAACGGAACAUGUACAGACGGAGUAAAUGACUACACCUGCAUUUGCGUGCCUGGCUUUGUAGGGAAGAAUUGCUCAAAUAGUAAGCCUUUUAAAAUCAAGUGUUACUAUUAA